UAAAAUAGUAUGCAGCAGCGAAGUCGCUAGAGGCUCAGCUGUACUUACUACUCGUCUGCAAAGGCCCUCACUUUACAUCAUAAAUGGCCUGUCGGAGUUGAAACAUCUCAAGUAUUAUAAUAUCAAGAAGACCCCAAUCUCCGUGCUAAGAACGCAACAAAAAAAAUGAUUCGUCCCGUCUUAAUAACCGUCUUCUGCAUGAUAUACUCUGCAUUCGGAAUUAAUAUCGACUUGUUUGAAGAUACACCAAGAAGAGACUUAACCUUUAUUGAACUAGCAGAUUAUGAUGGCUUUACCGCAGAACAACAUUAUGUAACCACCGAAGAUGGAUAUAUUUUAGGCCUCUUCCGAAUACCUUUAAAUGAGAAGUGUACAACCUCUAAAGGCACGAUACUCUUCAUGCACGGGCUCUACCUCAGCAGUGAUGACUGUCUCGUGCCAGGUCCGGGUAAAGCUCAUUGCUACAUCUACUCCGAUCAAUGCUACGAUGUGUGGGCAGCAAACGUCCGAGGUAACUUUUACGGCAGAAACCACACUACGUUAAAUCCUGACAAAGAUUCUGCAUUUUGGGACUUUGACAUCGAUGAAAUGGCUACUCGGGACCUUCCAGCAAUUAUAGAUUACGUUUUAAUGGAAUCAAACGAGACUCAACUUACAUACGUUGGCCAUUCACAGGCAGUUACCAUUUUGCUGAUCCUGUGUUCGAAGAAACCUGAAUACAACGCCAAUAUAAAGGUUGGCUUUGGUAUAUCACCGACGGCGUGGCUAGACAACUCUAGAUUCAUUGUAAUACAACUACAAGGCGUACUGUCUCAGACUUUUCCGAACUCAAUUCUCAGGAAGGAAAUAUUAAAACGAGGUGGUAUUGUACAAGAACCUGCUAAGUUUAUAUGUAGCGUGAGCGGGAUAUCAUAUCCAAUUUGCUCCGGGGUAUAUUUCGCACUGUUAGGCUAUAAUCAGUUCCAGAUUACUAAAGAUGUUUUACCAGUUGUUUUGGGGCAUGCGCCUUCUGGUACCUCUGUUAAAAACUUUUUGAGGUGGGGCCAAAUUCACAACAACGGCUUCAGAGAGUACGAUCACGGAACAAUAAAAAACCUGAUAAUAUACGGUAGCAGGACCCCUCCUGAGUACGACCUGUCAAAGGUAACGAUGCCGUGGUUGUUCGCAGGCAGUCACAACGAUUACGUCGCUAAUGUCACCGAUAUUAACCUACUAAUGACUAAGUUACCAAACUCAUCACUUUGUGUAUUAUCUGAUACGACAUUUGGUCAUUUGGACUUUUUAUUUGGCAAAGACAUACCAAAUUAUAUAACUCCGAUUUUAUUGUCGUAUUUAGACACCGGUAAAUAUGUGUGCCCUUAAAUAAAACCGAACGGUUAAGUCUAUCGUUAUCUUUUUGUUGAAUA